UUUUUAGAAUCACAAUGUCUAAGAUGGGAUGCCCCCAAUCUGAUACCGAUCCAGACUCGGUGACGAUCCUUACCAAACGAGGACCGGUGAAUAAAACCCUGAAAUCCAAUUCUGCUCUCAAUGCUGCAAUUCGCAGUGGUACUGCUGUCGAUACACAGAAAAAGAUGAUGGCCGGUGGAAAUCGACAGCAUACUGCCAACAAAAAUACCCUUAGACUUGAUGAGGAGACGGAAGAAUUGCAUCAUGAACGAGUGAGUCUGUCACUAGGCAAAGCUAUGCAGCAGGCACGUCAGGCUAAGGAAUGGACUCAGAAGGACCUUUCCACUGCUAUUAAUGAAAAGCAACAUGUUGUCGUUGAAUAUGAAAAUGGAAAGGCUGUUCCCAAUCAACAGAUAUUGGCGAAGAUGGAACGUGCUUUGGGGGUGAAACUGCGUGGCAAGGACAUUGGACAGCCGCUAGGUAGUGGGAAGCCUCACAAACAUUGAUUCAUUUGAUGUACUAUUGUGAUGACGUCAUUAUUACAUUCUGACUCGUUUGUUCUGUUUUUAUCAAGGGAGUUAUGGAGUUGAUUACUGAUAUUGUUUGAUUCAUAAAUAUUACUUUUUACA